GGAUCAGUGUCAUUAUUUCCUUCUUCUUUUGUUGCUCAUUUCCAUUGAUGUCCAUGUCGAGGCUGUCAUGAUAUUGUUCUGCAUCUAACUUCUCCGAACAUCGGGUUCCGGCGAAGGAUGAAAUACAACCCGUAACUUGGCGGGGCAGCACAAAUGGUGUUGCAGCCAUGGCGGUGUUUGAUCUCCUUUCUCCGGUUCCAAACUUCCGAUCCAUUUUCCUUCCAACGCUUCCAUUUUCAAUUUAUUUAGAUCGUUCUGGUAGCGUUGCCUCCGAUUUCUUCCGAUCAUCUCUUUACACAUUCCGAUUUCUUCCGAUCAUCUCUUCCGAUUUCAUCCGAUUCCAGUCCUAUAAACAUUUCAACUGAACUGCAAAAAAAUCGCCGCAAGUACCUUCUCUUUCUUUUUCAUCUUCAACGCGAUUUCUUCCGAUUUCUUCCGAUCAUCUCUUCUGAUUUCUUCCGAUUCCAGUCCUAUAAACAUUUCAACUGACCUGCAAAAAAAUCGUCACAUGUAUCUUCUCUUUCUUUUUCAUCUUCAACGCCAUUUGACCCCGUUUCUAUGCUGUAAAUUCCCAAGAUUCGUUGAUUAUUUUCUAGGAAAGGGGCAAAGAGGGUAUUUGGCUAAAGCUCAUCUAGAGAUUGAGGGCAUGGCCUUAUGGAAUGAGAUGUCUUCUCUUCUGGAACGUCGUUCCACUCUACCAACUUUAAUUCACGGAGUGGGUUGUGCCUUAUUGGUGACUUUUCAUUUAUUUGGUACCUCCCAAGGAGCAGGAACGUUGAACUUAAGUGGCUGUAAGGGUAUAUCAGAUAAAAGUUUGCAAAUGGUUGGAGACAAUUAUCAGCAUCUGGACUUGCUAUAUAUCACUAGCAAUCUUAGAUUCUUAGAUCUCUGUGUUGCUCAGAAUAUAUCUGAUGAAGGCCAUUUCUCUAAAGCCAAAUGCAACAAUAUUCGUAUCCUCAAUUUGACAUGUUAG